UGCGAUCUUGGAGCGCUGGAGGAGCGGAGCUAGCUCGUGUAGAUCGGCCGCGCAUUGCUGGAUCCAGAGAGGUGAGCGCAUUCUUCCUAGGGUUUUGGAGAUGAGAAAGCGAUCGAUGCAAGAAUCGAGCGAAGGGGAGGAGGAAGAGAAGCGGCUGCGCAGCUGCGUCGUGGAUUAUAGCUCUCUCACUCCAUCCGCUGCUAGGCCAAUCGAUCACCAGGUAGAAGAAGGCGCCGCCGACGAUCAUCACCUCAAGUUCUACCAGGUUCGGCUCCAAGAUCAGCUCCACGAAUUCCUGGACAAGACAGUGGAGAUUAUCCGCGCGGAGGAGGAGCCAGAUCGUCCAGUGGCUGCUCCAUCCCAGGAAGAAGACGAUGGAUUCCAUCUCUUUGGGAAAGCUCCGGCUGGGAUAACGAUGAUAGAGAGAGUCAGGGAUGGAUCUCUAGAGCACAGGGCUAGUGGCAAACGCUACAUUCACAGUACAAGGGGGUGCUUUUCUAGUGGCAAGAACUCGUUAGAGAAUGUAGUGAUCGAUGGUGAGAGUGUGAGAGUAGAGGCUGAGAAGGCGAGAGAGAAGGCUCUGGCGGCAUGGCAGCCUUUAAAAUCCUGGCGAUUGUUGCAGGGCGUCUAUAAAAAUCUCGUCGCGAAAAGAAUGGGAGGUGUGUUUGCUGCUGCUAUACUGCUGCUUGGACGUGUUUUGGAUUACGACUCCUUGCGAGGAGGCAUGGCCUGCCUGGCUGCUUUGUUCUGCUCCUCAUAACUUACAUGUUGCCAAAAACUUUCUCUAUAAAAUCUUUCUUCUCGGGUUUUUAAAAUGGAAAGGAGAUUAUGAAGUCGUA